AUGAAGCUCCUAUUUCCUAUCUUCGCCAGCCUCAUGCUACAGUACCAUGCGAAUACAGAAUUUUUAAUAGCAAAAAGAUGUUUAAGCGGUUAUGGAAAAUGCAAGAACCAGUGCGAUGUGGAUGAAAAAGAAGUGCAGAAAUGCAAGCAGAAAAAGUGCUGCCUGGGGUCAAAAGUGGUUCGGAUGAUAAAUAUCUACCUGAGGAAACAGAUACCCCACAUACCUAAGGAAGAAGUUUUAGAAAUGCUAAGCAACAAGAACUUUAGCAUUGAAACAGAAAUAAACCAUAUUUUACCUCUUCUCGCCAAAAGUACUGGCUUUUUUCCCAGUGUCAGCUCUGACAUCAGCACAAAGGACGCCCGUGUGAACUCUGUCACCACCAGCAACAGGGGACCAGAACAUACUCUGCACGCCGCCGCUUUUACCAACAAUGACACCAAGCAAAGGAGGGAGCCUGCCAACUUCCCCACACCACCACCAUCUCCACCGUAG